CGAGCCCGCUGACAGAUUGGCGGCGGCGGCGGCGGUGGCCCCAGCCCUGGCCCUGGACCGCGGGGAAUGGGAAUCCCAGGUCUCUGAGCGCCGCCCCCGCCUCCCUGCCCCCGACAUGGCUCAGGAGAAGAUGGAGCUAGACCUGGAGUUGCCUCCGGGUGCUGGCGGGAGCCCGGCGGAGGGCGGCGGCAGCGGCGCGGGCGGGGGCCUCCGGAGGUCUAACAGCGCCCCCCUGAUCCACGGCCUCAGUGACACUUCGCCGGUGUUCCAGGCCGAGGCGCCGAGCGCCCGGCGGAACAGCACGACGUUCCCGAACCGCCACGGCCUGCUGCUGCCGGCCUCCCCGGUCCGCAUGCACAGCAGCCGCUUGCACCAGAUCAAGCAGGAGGAGGGCAUGGACCUCAUCAACCGAGAGACCGUCCACGAGCGCGAGGUGCAGAACGCCAUGCAGAUAAGCCACUCCUGGGAGGAAAGUUUCAGCCUGAGUGACAACGACGCGGAGAAGUCCGCCUCCCCGAAGCGCAUCGAUUUCAUUCCGGUGUCACCAGCGCCGUCACCCACCCGGGGGAUCGGGAAGCAGUGCUUUUCACCAUCCUUGCAAAGUUUUGUGAGUAGCAAUGGAUUGCCUCCGAGCCCUAUUCCCAGCCCAACGACUCGGUUUACUACCCGGAGAAGCCAGAGUCCCAUCAAUUGCAUUAGACCAAGUGUUCUUGGACCACUGAAAAGAAAAUGUGAAAUGGAAACUGAGUAUCAGCCAAAGAGAUUUUUCCAGGGCAUCACCAACAUGCUUUCUUCUGACGUUGCACAGCUGUCAGAUCCUGGCGUGUGCGUAUCGUCUGAUACCCUUGACGGAAACAGCAGCAGCGCCGGAUCUUCUUGUAACUCACCAGCGAAAGUCAGCACUACCACCGACUCUCCUGUGUCGCCUGCCCAAGCGGCCUCUCCAUUUAUUCCAGUAGAUGAACUUUCAUCUAAGUGAUUCACCCUCCCAUCCCGAGACUCGUUGUUUUCUGUUUUUGUUUUUGUUUUUGUUUUUUUUUGCAAUGGAGAGAAAAAUCAAGUUGGAGCAAGCACUGAACUUUGUCAAUUAAUUUGAGGCUAUUUCCUAUUCGACCCUUUCCUUUUUUUUUUUUUUUUUUUUUUUUGGAAUUUCCUGAGAUGUUGUUACUCUAGAGAACUUUUAUGUCAGGUUCCUGCGGGUGCCCUUGAAUUCAGUGUAGUGAUAUUUUCAGACGUUUUCCAAUAAGUGUGUUGAAGCAUACGUCUUUAUGCUGCUAAUAUGUUUAAAUACAUAUGUUAUCCCUUGAUUUUUUAAAAUAAUCGAGAGCUCUAUUUAUUUAUGGGAUUAUUAAGUUCUGAUGCAAAUAUAAAUGUUGAAUUAAUCAGUAUAGUAAACUGAUGUUUUAAAAUUCCAUAUUUCAUGCCCACACUAAUUUUUGAUGUUAUUUUUCCAGUGGUCGCUAAUUUCUAUUUGAUGGAGGAUAACCUAGUUACUUACAGCGGUUUUUAAAAAUAUGUUAGUUAUAACAUAGUGAUCCAGUGGUUGUCUAUUUUACCCAGGAAUCCUCGGAUAUUUAAUUUUCUGGGUACACAAGUGGCUGUGAGGGGGGAAUGAUAAAAACAAAAUAUAAAAGUUUGCAACAAGUCUUUUUAAAUUAACUAUAUAAAAGUAAACAAACGCAUUUUCUAAUGAAGUUUUAAUAGUAAUUCUAAUAAGUCAUGCCAAUAUAACUACAGAAAAGUUUAAAAAUUUUUUCUAGACCAGAAAGUGCAUUCUCUUGGGUAUAAUCCUGAAGGGACAUGGGACAGUGCCUUGCAGUCUUAGCCCACUGUACAUAGGCUGAGACCAGGUCCUUUGUACCACUGCAAACUUAAAAGUUUCUCAGAUGUAGAGAAUGUGGGAAGCCCUGUUGAACUUCACCAGAGCACCCAGGCAGAUAAAAAUCUCUCAAUCAUUGAUAUGCUUUAAAAUAUCCAAUUGUGCCUCAGUGAAAAUCCCUGCCAACAAGGAGCCAGAGCAACUUUUGGCUGCUUUUCUGCUCUGCCCAUCUGUUACCUUCCUGGUUUUCCCUGGCUCAGGAAGGAAGCCGCUGUUUCCUUGCCAACAGGUCCUUCCUCUCCACCUCCCACCAAACUAGGGCAUCAUCGGUUAGACAGAGGUACAGUGUGACUUGGAUUUCCGACAGUGAGCAACAACAGAACUGUGGAAUUGUUGCAGGAACCUGUGUAGUUAAAGCCACAGCUGGAUUUGACUGCCUUGGGGAUGCCAGUUGAUUAAGGGUCAGUGACUUGAAAGAGAAAAAAAAAAAUCAGUGGAGAGUCACAUAGGUAAAUCGUUAUUUAACUUAGAUUUUGUUAAAGGUAGAAUUGUGAAAUGUUCUUUUCUUUGCCUUUUACAACUAAGACAAAAUAUGAAAAUAUUUAAUAACAAAUGUUUUUAUAUUAUACCUUCCUAUAUCUUCCUUUACUAGAUAGGUAGAAAGAAUGGCAGACAAAAAAAGGGGAAGAAAUAAAAGAGACCAAGACAAAAAGCUCCGGCUUUCUUUAAGUAACUGCCUACAGAGACUUUAACAAUUAUGUGGAAUUUUUUUUUACAACUACGAGAAUAAAUGGAACUAGUCAACUUUUGAAA